UUAAGACAUUAGCCAAAAAAAACCACAUUUCUCAAUUACUUUCUUCUUUAUCCGAAGAAUUCGAACUCAGAACCUUCAACGGAAAUAAAAAAUGGCUGACCGGUUCUUUCCUAAUGUAAUGCCGGACUUUGUAACAGAAGCAGCACCGGCAGCUUCAACUCCAACUCAUCAACAACAAAGAAUAGAACAAACUAGCGGCGGUGAUUCUUUAAUGAAGCUUCUUUGUAUGCCUUACCCUUCUCUUUCCCCAAGAUUUCAGAGAACUGGCUUGGAUCUUAAAGAAUCUAUAGUGAUGGAAACAUGGGGAUUGAGUGGGCAGAAUGUGCAGGAUUUUAGUGUUUAUAGUGGUAGUCUUGGCACUGCUUUCUUGGUUUUUAAAAGCUAUCAGGUUACCAAGAAUGAGAAUGAUCUACUCCUUUGUUUGCAAAUUGUUAAGGGCUGUGACUCUGCUUCUCUUGCUUCUAGGGAUGUGACAUUUUUAUGUGGGAGAGCUGGUGUUUGUGCUCUUGGUGCUGUUGCUGCAAAGUAUGCCAAUGAUAAAGAUUUGCAAAAUCACUAUCUCAACCAAUUUGGAGAGGUUAAGUUGUCAAAGGACCAUCCUGAUGAAUUGUUGUAUGGAAGAAGUGGAUACUUGUGGGCUUGUUUGUUCAUAAACAAGCACAUUGGCGAUGACACUAUUCCUCGUACAACUAUACGUGCAGUCACAGCUGAAAUUCUCAAGACCGGAAGGGCAUUGACGAAGAAAGGGGGACCGCCGUUGAUGUAUGAAUGGUAUGGGGAGAGAUAUUGGGGUGCUGCUCAUGGAUUGGCAGGCAUUAUGCAUGUUUUGAUGGAUACUGAUCUGAAACUAGAUGAAGUUGAGGAUGUCAAGGGCACUCUUAAGUACAUGAUCAAGAAUCGGUUUCCGAGUGGAAACUAUCGUGCUAGUGAAGAAGAUAGCAAGAGGGAUGUUCUUGUGCAUUGGUGCCAUGGAGCUCCGGGGAUCGCCCUCACACUUGUCAAGGCAGCUAAGGUGUUUGGAGAUGAAGAAUUCCUACGAGCAGCUGUAGAUGCAGGAGAGGUAGUUUGGAAUCGCGGGCUGCUCAAGCGAGUUGGUAUUUGUCAUGGAAUCAGUGGGAAUGCAUACGUAUUCCUAUCUUUAUACCAAAUGACAGGCAGCAUAGAAUUUCUAUACCGGGCGAAAGCAUUUGCCAGUUUUUUACUUGAUAGAGCACACAAACUUAUAUCAGCAGGAGAUAUGCAUGGAGGUGAUAGCCCCUACUCACUGUUUGAAGGAAUUGGAGGUAUGGCCUAUCUUUUUCUAGAUAUGAUGGAUCCCUCCAAAGCUAAAUUCCCUGCUUACGAACUCUGAAACUCUGUUUUAUGGACUUGAGAUACACUUCAGUUGGGAUUACAUGUUAAUAUUACUGUUGCUGCAAUUUGAAUUGCAUGUAAGAAUUUAGGUUACGGUA